AUGGGUCAGAAGGACGCCUACGUCGGCGAUGAGGCCCAGAGCAAGAGAGGUAUCCUCAGCCUAAAGUACCCCAUCGAGCAUGGUAUCAUCACCAACUGGGACGAUAUGGAGAAGGCCAACCGCGAGAAGAUGGUCCAGAUCAUGUUCGAAUCCUUCAACAUGCCCGCCACUUACAUUUGCAUCCAAUGGCGAAAGGUGAUGGUGUCUCUCACAUGGUUCCCGUCUAUGAAUGUUUUUGCCCCUCCCCAUGCCAUCUUCCGUCUGGACUUGGCUACUCGUGACAUCACCAACUACUUGAUGAAGAUCAUGACUGAGCGUGGCUACUCCUUCACCACCACCGCCGAGCGUGAGAUCGUUCGUGACAUCAAGGAGAAGCUUUGCUACAUUGCCCUGGACUUCGAGAGUGAGAUGAACACUGCUGCCGCCUCCUCCUCCAUUGACAAAUCUUAUGAACUUCCUGACGGUCAGGUCAUCACCAUCGGCAACGAGCGUUUCCGUGCUCCCGAGGCUAUUUUCCAGCCUUCCUUCCUUGGUAUGGAAUCUGCUGGUGUUCAUGAGGUCGUCCACAGCUCUGUCAUGAAAUGCGAUAUCGACAUCAGGAAGGAUCUGUUGGCCAACAUUGUCAUGUCUGGUGGUACCACCAUGUAUGCUGGUAUUGCUGACAGGAUGCAGAAGGGAAAUCACUGCUUUUUCUCCAUCCACCAUCAACAUCAAGAUCAUCGCUCCCCCUGAGAGGAAGUACUCCGUCUGGAUCGGUGGUUCCAUCCUCGGUUCUCUGUCCACCUUUCAGGCCUUGUGGAUCACCAAGGAAGAGUACGAUGAGUCUGGCCCCGGCAUUGUCCACCGCAAGUGCUUCUAAAUGUAGU